AUCUGGAUUGAAACGUUUGCUACAUAAUCAUUACUUGAUAUGCAUUUCCACUGGGGCUUAAUUUUGUUGGUGACUGUUAUUCCCGCGGUAAUAACAGUCCACAGUGCAAAAAAUCAACAGGACGAUCACGGAACUCGAUGUCAUAAUGUCUUUGGGAUUUAUGGUUCGUUUCACGGUUGGAGUGGAUGGUCGUCUUGGAGUAAAUGUUCUACAACCUGUGGUAUCGGAUUUCAAAGCAGGCAAAGACUCUGUUACUCUUACUCCCACCUCUCGUGUCCUCCAGGAGGGAAUGAUGUUAAGACGUGUUGGUCACCAUGCCCAGGAGGAUGGAGUUCUUGGAGUAUUCAUUCAUGUAGCAAAACUUGUGGAGGGGGAAUAGCGAUGAAACAUCGCACUUGUACCAACCCAAUCCCGUUGUUUGGCGGACAAGCUUGUUCGGGGCCACAUGUAACCUAUGUCUCUUGCAACACCAAUCCAUGCCAAGGUAUGCGUUCCGAGGUGAAUAAUUUACAAACAUUCUUAGUAAAUGGUAGUUGGUCCAGCUGGCAAGUCUCCUCUCAGUGCAGUGUCAGUUGUGGAGGCGGAGUUAGAGUACGCACCAGAACAUGCGACAACCCGGCUCCAUCUAAUGGAGGACAACCUUGUCAGGGGAUAUCGGUUCAUAAGGAAAUUUGCAACACGCAAUCUUGUCCAGUUCCGACGACGACACAGCCAACGACCAUGUCGACGACAACACCACAGAAACAUCAUUACGUAACAGUCUGAGCCAUCGUAUGAAGUUGGAUAAUAAAACAAUUAUGAAAUGAAA